UCUUCUUACCACUAGAUGUCUAUCCGUUCGACAAUUGCAAUGGCGACCUCAAAAUUUCGUCUUGUCCAAAUCCUUGGAAAACAAUUGAAACAAACUCCAAUUCGACAUGAAAUUCCUUUUUCAACUGCUCCAAAAGUAUUGAAAGAGGCUGCGGCAGCUGAUCUUCCAACUCAUACUGGACAGAAAUGGGAUGAAUCUGAUUUUCGUUUAGCUCGAUUUGAAAACGCAUCGAAGCAAGUCAACACCCGUUUUGCAAUUGACCUAAUUGCCCAGGUUCCACCAAAAGAAACCAAGUCCCGAAUUGUGUCUUGUAAUGGAGGAGGUGGCCCACUCGGACAUCCACAAGUUUACAUCAAUUUGGAUAAACCCGGUAACCAUACUUGUGGCUACUGUGGCCUUCGUUUUGUGAAACCUGAUGAUCAUCAUCAUUGAAGUCGAAAAAGGACUGUAGAGUCAAAAUGUUAAUAAAUACAAAAUAGAAGUUACUUGAUAA